UUUCAUUAGAUUUCACCGCUGCUAAAUAUUCUCAGACCUGGCCAUAGCGCCCUCUCGCACCGCCGCCCGCCCUGCAAACAGCCCAUAUAAAGCAGGCCGCACCCACUUUGAGCACUUCAACAUUCGUCCCACACCCGACUCUGCAACCCAACUCCAACUCCAGCUCACAGCAAUUCACUGCUCUCGCCAAAGGCCCACCAUCAACAACUCCAACCCACGUGUACUAACACAACACGACAUUUUAACAAACUCAAACAUACCUAUUAUCAAACAUACCUAUUACAUAUUCCACCGAGCUUCUUUCCAAGCAGAUAUCAUGGCUCGCCGAAGCAGCAAGAAUAUGAGCACCUCUGUGCCAUCUUCGACCACGUCUGACGCCAACAACACUGCCGCUCCCGGCACCGGCAUGGCCCGCGAUGUCAUGACCAACAACCCUGCCACAACCUCAAAGGACACACCAACUAUCGACCGUCAAGCCACUACGCCGACGAUUACUUCGACGACGUCACCUUCCGUUGAUACUGCUACCGACGCGUCCGGGACCACCACAUCACAAACGGCCGCCGAUCGAAAAGCAGAGAAAAAGCGCCAAAAGAAAGCGCGCUACGAGGCCAACAAGAAGAAGCGAGAGAAAGCCGGAACUGAACUCCCAGGUGUCUCGAAAGCUCCAUCGACUACUUCAUCUGGCUCCAUGUCUCCCAUCGCCGGAGCUCAGACCGCUUGUACACACCCGCCUAUGGUUGCUACCUGCCUUCCCCCGGUGGACCGAAAUGUUUCCACGCUCUCCGCCAAAGGCCCAGUCACUGCACACUCUCUCGUACCUCCCGAAUCGGCCCCAGCGCUUGGACAGAAACCAGCCCGCUCUCGCAAGCCGCCUGUGAAAGAUGGCACCGGUAGCGUCCUUCAGGGCCGGAGUGUUCGGGAUCGGCGUCCUAUCGCAAAGGGACAUAAGGAGCUUACGAAGAAGGCCCGCGACCACAAUUCGUCCAAUCCGGCAGCCGACAUGGCGAAGCACAGCAAACAUCCCACGAUGAAGUUACUUCGAAUGCGUCGACAGCCGGGCACUGAUCAGACUGUUAACCAAAAUCAUGGCCAUGAUACAUCGAGUGUGGCGGGCACUGUAUGUGAUGAGGGUGCCGUUGCCCUGUAUGGCACUGAAGACUCCAUCUCAUUGGAGACACCAUCUUACGCUCCAUCCAUGGAAGAGCCCCACGACAGGAUUUUCGAAGCCGACACUAAUGCGACUUACUACGACGACAAUGUCAAUAUGGUGGGCUCAAACAAUGGUUUCACCGAUGCGCCGUCUGACGAUAUGCCCGAUCUUGAGGAUCUCUCCCUAGACGAAAGCCGCACAUCCCGAGAAGAGCUCGACAGGCAUACAAAAGAGCAAGAGGAGAACGGUGAGCAGGAACCCUCGACCAGCAAUGGUGGAGCGACUCAAAUAGAGGCUGAACGCCAGGCGGAGCCUGAGCGGCUGGCCUACCAAGACACCACGUAUGAGCCGGAUUGCCCUAGGUCGCCGGAAUCCUACGUGGAUUUGCAGCUUCCCGAAUACACGCAACAGAAGAGGUUGAAUACGACGGGCCAACAGGAACAAGGUCGAAUGCCAGCCAAUAGUGUCGCCGUUGAGGAGCAGGCCAACACCCCCGCAACACCGGUUGACCUCGAACAAGCGCUAGUUGCCUUGCACGUGGCUCCGCUACGUGACCUUCCAGUGCCGAAGAAGCAGCAGCAGAAGUUCAGUAAGAAUCGAGGUGGCAAGAAGCAGGAUCACCCGCCGGUCAAGGAUGUCACUAUUGAAGAGGUAAUCGCUACCCCGGCAACUCCAAGUGGACUCCUUAGUCUUCCGAAUGCCGCUCAAUACACGGCCGUCCUCUCCGCGGACGCUGUGCAGGGAUUGAUAGCCUUGCACGUGGGUCCUCUACCUGAUCCACCCGCUCCCGACAAGAAACAGAAGUCUAGGAAGGCUGCGAAACAUCUGACGCCAGCUAACGAAAAGUCCGACGUCACGCAGGCGGAAGCUGCUCAGGAUACAGUUUCUGACGAAGCGAGUGGCCAGACCGAUACUCGCCAAUCUUUGGACGCCCAAGGCUCCAAUCAUCAAGUGGCAGACGGCCACCUAAGCUCUAAGGAUCGAGUACAGUUCUUGGAAGUUAUCGAGACUCUCUACACUCCUCACGAUCAGUGGCACGAGUUACAGCGCGCUUCCUUUGGUACGCUUAUGGCUGCUGCGCCUGUGACGUCGACUACUGCAGAUGAGAACUUCCAGGGAGACGUUCCAAAAACGAAGGAUCCGUUCCACUUCCCGGAAAGUAUCUCGACCUUCCACAUCGCCCACGAUAAUUGGCACGCCUCUCAGCAAACCGUCUUCCAUACGCUGAUGAGUAGCAGCCGUCUCACGACUAGCUCAGAUGAAAUACCGUCAGCUGAGGCCCUCAUCUCGUCCGAGACUGAGUUGAACGCGGCGCCUAUGACUCCUGAGCGCCUCACCACUGCCUUCGAGCAACAUUCGGCAGCCAAGUCGGGUUCAACAACAGGCGUCCAGACUGGCCAUAGCGGAGCGAACGACAGCGCGGCCGACACCGACACGUCUGAGGAUCGUUCUGAACCCGCCCUUUCGACGACGGGAUCCACGACUUCCCAAGCAUCUUCCCCUCUAGCGAAGAAGAAACGGCAUCGCAACCCGACCGGCGAGCUACGCGAGAUGCGCAACACUUUCCUAGGCGGUAUAUCUCUCGACACGUUCCUGAUCGAGCUCCCUUGGGAUCAGCAGACCGGCACCACCACCAAGCAGGAGAUCUGCGAAGUCUUCGCCGGCCUCUCCGACAGUGACUCUCGCCUUGCUCAGCGCCGCAUCAAGCUGGGUAACACGUCGCUUUACGACUUCCUCCGCGGCAUUGCAUUUGAUGCAGAUGAGGCUGCGGAUGUUAGGAAUGUGGCGAAGGCUUUCAGGACGUCUGCUAAGGAGUCACUGCGUGCUUCAUCGAAGAUUGCGCGGUUCUUGGAGCUUGAGUCUUCUGCUGAAUCGGAUUAGGAUGACUAGGGGAGGUGAGGAUUGAUUGAGUGGGUAGUUGAGGGUUGCUAAGGCGGUAUGGACCUGGGCAAUGAUAUGCGAAUCAUGCAUAAGCGGUGGGCCUCAGGGUAGCGUUGGCGGUUUUCUGUUCUUCACAUUUCAUUUCUUCAAAAUAGGGCGAUCGGGCCCUCACUUCAUUUCCUAUGUAAAAGUGGGGGGCUCGAAAUGGCUCUCACAUGGACGCCGCCACGCUCCCCUUCUAUCUCAUCUGCUGAAAAUAUGGAUAAUUUGAGUCCGCUUCCCUAUCUCUUCUCGUUAUUUCAUAGUGCACACUCGUUUCUUUCAUCCUGAGGAGAUGCUGCCAUGGACGGGUUCUACCUUCUGCGUCGGAAUACGUCACUGUUAGCCUGCAACCAGGUAGUUGCAGUUGCGGCGACCAUGCAACAAGGAAGGCACGAACCGUGAGG